AGCGGAGAUGCAGUCCAAUAUCUUUCUGUCAAGAGAUUCAAAACGCAACAAUAAUCAGCUCACUGCACGAACCACAAGAAAGGAAAAGAGAAAACAUGAUGAGAAACAAGUUAACGGAGCUACAAGCUCUACCAGUGACGUUGGACCCACCCAAGGAAGGAGCAAGAUCCCCUGCCCUUCUAAGUCGUCUCGCAGAGCAGAGGUCAAUAAUAUUAAUCAGGGUUUGUGACAUAUAGUAGCAAAUGCAUCAGUGUUAUUAUUACGA